GACUAUAACAUGCUAAGUCAAUAUACAUUGGCGGCGGUUCGUAAAAGUGGCUAGAUCGACAAUCGUUUGUCUGCUUCAUAAGAAGUUGCGUAGGCUUAAGCAUCUCAUCGCACGAUUCGUUGCACGGAAUCUGAAAAAUAUAAUUUUUUACAAAAAAGAGAAAAAUAUCAUCGACUUUCUAGACCGUCUACUGCAAUAUUGUUAUUAAUCAACUGAGAAUCUUUUUUAGUCCUUUAGAGAGAUUUAUAAAGAAAUAAACAGGGAAAAGAUGGUUUCGUCCAGUGUGAAAACAUCUCUGUUGCUAGUUGCCGUUGGCUUGUCAACGCUCUUUGCCUUCACCGCGGCAUUUCAAACUGGUGCGCCGGAUUCAGCUUGUGUUGAUGCCACACCAGGGCAUAAGGAACAGGAUGGAACCACGGAUAUUGAUCCCGAAGACAACGCCAAUAGCCCCUACAACUUCACCUUUGAAGGCUCGGAGUACAAUCCAGGCGGUGAUCUUGAAGUUUCGAUCGCGACCGCUUCCGGUACGGACAGUUUCCAAGGCUUCUUGUUGCAGGCUCGUAAGGUUGAUGAUGACACCGUGGUGGGGACUUUCACGGCACCCGACAGUGAAAUUGGACAACUUCUCGCGUGCACCUAUGCAGGAAGUACAGUCACUCACACCAAUAAUACAGAGAAGACAGAAGAAACCUUUACAUGGCAUGCACCUUCAGACUUAACAGGGAAUAUUACAUUCUUUGGUACUGUAGCCCUUAACCACGAUACCUUUUACGUGGGGCUCAGAUCAGACGAAUUGACUGAAGGUGCCGCUGUGACUGAAGAACCAACUACAACCGGGGCUACUGAAAUGACCACUGCAGAUGUUACCAAUAAUGCAACUACUGAAAUGACCACUGCAGAUGUUACCAAUACUGCAACUACUGAAAUGACCACUGCAGAUGCCGUAAAGCUCUCAACAGGGUUUGGCAUUCUUCUUCUGGCUGCAGUCGUCAGCGUGCUUCAAUUAUUUGCCUAGACGUCGGCUCGGCCGUGUUGCCGUGGAGACUAUCAUAAAAGUACAAAGUCGAGUUUUUAUUCAAAUCAAUAUCAUGUUGUGCAUGAAUAUGUUUGGUCACGAUAAUAUUCUUAUGAUAAUGUUUUACAUCGAACACAAGUGUAGGUCCGUAACCAUGGUAACUAUAUAAUCAUGAUAACCCUAACUUAUGGCCGUACGCAGCGGGGAACAUGGGGUAGCUACCCCCUUGCCCAUUAAAAACAAUUUUUUUUAAACUGUAAUUGUCAUUUUGAAUAUGAACCAAAUCGUCUAUUUUAUAAAGCUAAAUGAAAAGAAAAUCAAAUGCAUUUGAUUUUGAUGCUUCACUCCCUCGCUGAAAGGAUAUGGAUUGACAAAUUGAUAGACUUUAUUCGCCAGGUACCAAUAAAAACAUAAAAGUUAAAAUUUCAAAAUAUCAGAAUACCGUGACAUGUUUUAAUCCAUGAAAACCGAUAUUUCUCUUUUCCACUGAGCAAGUUUUUACAGAGAACAGGAAAAAAUCACUAAUAACACGGGAGAUAUGUAUAUACUUAAACCUACUUUUGCCCCAAUUGAAGUAAAUAAAAAAUGCGUACGGCCAAAAAAUAUAUCAUGGAGAACGUAAUCAAGUACUGAAGCUUGGCUUAAAUUUCAAUUCUAUCAACCACGCUGUUUUUCUACGAUCAAGUGUCUACUAUGAAAUUGAAGAAAAAUAGUGUUUGCAUAUUACCCAGAAUGUAUACUCAUGGACGAUCGCUUACUUUGGAACUCGAAGAUAAAAACCAAAAUAACAUAGGUCGAUUUUUUUAUCCUCCCGACCUCGUACCGAGUGUUUUAAUAGUAUGAGUGAAAUUUUAGAUAAACAUGUGUGUAGCUCUUUGAUCAUUAUAUAAUUCCAGUUAAUAGGUGCUCUUAAAUUUUUUUAAUGUGAUUUCGAUCCUACAGUUUUAAUUUACAUUGAUACAUAAAACUGUGCAUUUGUUUCCUAGUUUCCUUAUUGCGCACAUUCUUAUCUUAAUCGGUUUGCUGGCUUUAUUUCACUUACUCAAUACCAACAACAAGCUAUUUUGGUAUGCUGUAAUAUUAUUAAGUAGGACUUAUUCAAGAUAGUAUGGUCUUAACUAGAAUAAGUGUUGAACACUUUACUGUAUAUUUAUUCUAUUUUAUAUACAAUUUUUUAUCGUGAGCUCUCUAGCCUGGGUUGUACCUUGGCGGUGGGAUAGGGGCAAAAGCUCCUAUGACUUAGAAAUAUCUUUAAAAAGUGUAAAGAGAGUAUCGGGUUGAUGACACAAUAAAAGGGAAAAUUACAUAUUAACCUAUAUUGACUACUGAAUAAUGGGACUCCCAUAUUUGUCUGCACUUGACGGUGAGGCACCUCGCCCCCUAACACAAUGCCCUGGUGCCGCCCGGCUGCAUGUAGUGCAAUCAUUAUUAAUUUUAAAAUUUUAUUUUUUGUGUGUCUUUAAACUUCAUGCAUUGUCAAUGCAACGUAAUUUAUUUUCAUAAUGAAGGCUGAUAUUAUACACUAACGUUUAUUCUAGAAGCUGGAUGGAAAAGAAUUACACGUAUGACAUUGUGUAUUUGAAAUAGUAUAGUAGGACUCUUUUCAAUGCGUUCAGGGAUCAUGUAAAAUCACGUAGAUUUAAUUUUGAAGAAAGUACGAUCUGAUAAAACAAACUAUGUAGUGAUUUUGCCUAAUUUUGCAGAAAUUAAUUCGGCAUUUUGAGAUUAGACAAAGGUUAGGAGGGUGAUCAAUUCCGUGUUAAAGGAGAAUAAAACCCUUGGAACAAGUAAUCGUGUGUGAAAACAGACAAAUCAAAGAAUGUGAUCAAAGUUUUAAAAACUAUUGGACAAGCAAUAAAACAGGAGUAUUUGUAUAUGCCGAGAUCAAUAAUGCUGUAUAGAUCAAUGCGACCAAGAUUGUGAUGACGGACAUGAACAAUUCUCCCUUUAUUGUUUGUUUGUUUGUUUUCAUUACUGUGUUAAAAAUACAAUACCAAAUGUGUUUACAUAAUAUAAUAUGCAAUAAUAAUCCAUAAUAUAAACAAUAUUAGCAUAAUACAUAAUGAAUCCAAAAUAACGUUGUGAGCAUAAACUUCACAAUAAAAAAUAAAUUAAUGGACGCAGGAGACUGCCAUCGUGAGCGGUUAAGCUUGAAGAUGGUGGUUUCAUAAAAAUGAAAAUAUGUCUCAAAGCAUAUUUUUAGUUCAUUCUAUUGGCAGAACAAACUCUUUUUCCAUGAUGUAUUUUGUGAAACCUAUAUUACAAGACCUCCCAUGAAAUAACAUCUGGGCUCCGUAACACAGAGCUUAGCGAUGAAUUGCAAAUAUGAAAGAACAGCACUGAUUGGUCCCUGGUGGGUUUUUUUUUAUCAAAUGCGCGUGUGACAUUGAUAUUGAUUGGUCAGUUCAUUUAACGAUUGCUCGCUAAUCUUUGUGUUACGGAGCCCUGAUCUACAAAUGAACUUGAUAAAAAUGAUAAAAGUGAAAAUUUAAGUGAAUUAGUUCAAAAGUAACGGCGAGCUGUACAAGUGUGAUAUCACGCCUCUUCGUCGCAUUAGCAGGGGGGAAGAUAACACUAGCGAUUUCAGCAUUCCAUUGCAUAUCACUUUCUUAUUUCUCCAAUAAUUUUCAAACUUUCAUUGACCCCUAUAUUUUAUUUUUUUCCUGUUUUAACGCAAUCUAGAUUGUUCCAAUGGUUUUAAUCUCUAUUAACAAUGGUUUGAAUCUCGAACUCUCUGUCUAAUCAGAAUACUAUAUCUGCACCUACAAUGUACUCGCUGAAUUCAAUAUUGCACCUCUUGCUACAAAAUCUGAAAUAAUUAUGAUCUAUACAAUUUUCAAGGAUAUCAGUGGGCGCCGGAACAUACUGGCCAAACAAAGCCGUGGGAUGGCGUGCGUAAACAAUGCUUCGACAUCCAAGGCUUUGUUUGCUCAAUACAUUCCAGCCAAUGGAAAAUAUUUAAACGAUCUACAUCUUAACGUUUGUAUUUGAAUAAUAAAAUCUUUCAUUAUGAUUAACUUA